CUGCUUCCACGCCUCUCGUGCUUUUGUGCACACGUCCGCUGCUAGAAGCUGCGCCGCGCUUCUCUGCUUCGGACGAGCAAGCCUUUCGAUCGAUCGAGCGAGCGAGCACCGAGCAGGAGACGGACGAUGCUUGCGGAGCCGCUGCGUUCGGCCAUGACGGUCGGGAAAGUGGAUGACACCUCGCUGGCUGUGCCGUCUGACGCCAGGCUGCACACGGGAGCGCACCGGGUGCUGGAUCAAGUGCAGACCAUCAAGAGGAGCAAGUCCAAACACGGAAAGAACGGCACUCCUACAAGCCCAACUUUGCCACCAUUGUCACCACUGGACGAGUUUGGAACAUUCCAGUUUUUGCCCAGCAAAGCCAAUGGCACUUUCGGUCGUAGUGUCUCCACCAAGACGACAGCGUUCAACAAAGCGCAAUAUGCCCAUAAGAGUCGAACUCAGUCCACAAAAAGCUUGGGAGCAAAACACCUCAGCACGUCUGGUGCAUGGGAACAACAACUCAAUGCUGCCAACUGGCCUCAAAGUCCCGCCGGGAUGAAAUCCAGCCGCAGCGAUCCCGCCUUGGCUCCUGCAAACAACAGGCGAGUCAAAGGGCAGACCACCCAGACUCAAGUGAAGAGACUCAGCGCUUACUCCACCAGCAACGGCUUCCACACGGGUGUGGGCCAACAACGAUAUUUGGAAGCGCCUCCCGAUCAGUCGCACGGCAUCAAAACGUCCAAGAUUGAACAGCAACCAGGCCUCAAUGGUUCGUCGGAUUUGACCAUCAAGGAAGCUGUGGAGUUCUUGUCUCACCCCGAGGAGAAUUUCCAGCAGUGCGGCGCCACCAUCAUUCAGCAAACCACUUUUAAAGACGAUCGUGCCAAACAAGAGGUUCUCCAGCUUGGGGGGAUCCCCACUCUGGUGUCUCUGCUGCGCAGCCCAAAUCCUGCUGUGAGCCUGGCCGCCGCCGGGGCCUUGAGGAACCUGGUCUUCAAGGACCACAAGAAUAAGCAGCAGGUUCAACAAUGCGGCGGUAUCGCCAAAGCCCUGCAGUUACUCAAGGAGACGGAAUGUAGCGAGACGCAGAAGCAGAUCACAGGCCUGCUUUGGAACUUGUCUUCUGCCGACGAGCUGAAGGGGGAACUCAUAGCCACGGCGCUGCCCGCCUUGACCGAGAACGUGGUGGUGCCGUUCACACGCUGGUCGGACGACAGCGCCUCCAACAACAUCCACCCUGAAGUGUUCUACAACACCACGGGGUGCCUGCGCAACCUGAGCUGCGCUAAGCUGCGGGAGAGGACGGCCAUGAGAGACUGCCGCGGACUUAUCGAUUCGCUCAUGUGCUACCUUCAGUCCUGUGUGGCUGACAACAACCCUGACGACAAGUCUGUGGAGAACUGUGCAUGCAUCCUCCAUAAUUUGACCUACCAGCUGGAAAGCGAGUCCCCCAAGUGCUUUGCUGACUUCAUCCCUUCAACGGAGAGCCAAUCCGGCAGGAAAAGCCCGACGGUCGGAUGCUUCAGCCCAAAGAGCGGCAAGGUUCAAAAGGAGUUUUCGUUCGAAAACGUUCGAGGAAUGCUGGAUGACAUUGACCCGAAAGGUGCCAAGUGGUUGUGCCAUCCCAAAGCUAUGCAGACCUACUUGUCUCUGCUCAGCUCGUCAAAGAAAGACGCCACCUUGGAGGCCUGCUGUGGUGCGCUGCAGAACUUGACUGCCAGCAAACAUCUUGGGUCAGGUGCCAUGAGUCAGAUCCUGGUCCAGAAGUUGGGGGCUCUGAUGCAUAUUGUCCCUCUGUUGAGGUCACCUAAGGCCAGCCUGCAGAAGGCCGCUGUGUCCCUGCUGGGCAACAUUGGUCGAACCGGCGGCGGCUUGCAGACCACCAUGGCAAAGCAGGUUUUGCCGGAGCUCACCGGGCUUCUCUCUGCUGGCCCCCAAGAGCUGGGCAACAAUGACGAAAGCUUGGCGACAGUUUGCAACACUGUCCGUAAUCUGAUGAUGGUGGACACGGAGGUCAACAAGAAGUUUAUCGAUAGUGAUUUGGUGUCAUCGGUGGCCGAUCUCAGUGGGAAUAGGUCUUUACCCAAAGCCAGCAAAGCAGCCUCUGUGCUCCUCUAUCACUUUUGGAAUGACAAGAACUUACAAAACAUUUUGAAAAAGCUAGGAAUGAGCAAGUCAUUAUUCAUCAACGACAACACCACGGCGGCGUACAGGUCCAUGCAGAUUAUUGAGUGAUGGAAACUGGGGAGCGACGCCACCUUUGCCCAUAGGUAUACUUUUGGAAUGCAAUAGCCUUAAAACCUUUUU